AUUUUUAUUUUUCCUCCAGUUGUUGAGUCUAUAGAGAAGGAGAGGACACCAUUGACUCAUUUGGAAGCCAUUUACAUUGCACAACCAACCGAGGCGAACGUUAAUAAGAUAAUUGCUGAUUUUGAUCGUCCGGCUGACCCAAAGAACCUUUACAAAUCUCUUCACAUCUUCUUCCUACAGAAGUGUCCUGUUUCUUUGUUCAGUAAACUCGGUGACAGUCUCGCCGGAAGACGAAUCAAAACACUCAAAGAAAUCAAUUUAGCUUUCCUCCCGUACGAGUCACGAGUCUUCUCCCUUGAUGAUCCUGACGGUUUCGAGGACUACUUCUGUCAAAGUGGGAGAAGGAGAGAUGAACUUUAUUCUGCUUAUGCUGACCAGCUGGCCACUGUCUGUUCACUGCUAGGGGAAUAUCCGGCAGUGAGGGCUUGGAAGGAUGGUAAUAAUCGUUGCUCUGAACUGGCUUACAAGUUGCAAGAGAAACUCGACUACUUCAAGUCACAGAAACCCGAACUGGGAAAAGGUGCCAAGCAAGUCUCUGAGUUUAUUAUCUUGGACAGAGGAUUUGAUGUAGUGACUCCUGUGCUUCAUGAGUUAACUGUGCAGUGUAUGGUCUAUGAUCUACUCAAGCCAGAUAAUGAUGUCUACCAGUUUAAGACCAGCUCUGGGGAUGGUCAAACAAGACAGAAGCAAGCCAUAUUAGGAGAAAAUGAUGAUCGUUGGAAGGAAUUGAGGCACUUGCACAUUGCUGAUGCGUCAAAGUCUAUUUCUGAGGGAGUGAAGAACUUUGCUAAACAGAAGAAGCUUGGAGGAGGAAGUGAUGGAGAUGUAUCUAUCAAGGAACUCUCAAAGCAAAUCAGAAGAGCCCCGCAAUAUCAGAAGGAGCUCUCAGAAUAUUCUCUCCAUCUGUCCCUAAUUGACUCAUGCAUGAACUUGUACAAGAAAGGAGUUGGUAACUUGUGUAAGGUUGAGCAGGAUCUUGCCACUGGUGUCGAUAAGGAUGGACUGAAGAUUGAUGAGCCACUUAAGAUCAUAAUGUCUUCACUUUUUGACAGGAACGUGAGUGUCUAUGACAAGAUAAGGCUCUUGAUUUUGUUCAUCCUCCACAAAAAAGGUGUGCCAAAGGAUGAGUUCACUAAAAUGGUACAGCAUUCUGAGAUACCUGACUCUGAGAGGACCACCAUUACUAACCUGAUGCACCUUGGGAUCCAAAUGAUUACAAGUGAGAGUGUUAGAACUGGUAAGUCCUUGACUCCAAAGGACAGAGAUGAGGAAGCUUACAUUGACGCUCGCUGGAGCCCAGUUAUCCGUGACAUUGCUGAAUAUGCUGGUGAAGGCAAAUUGGAUGAGUCUUACUGCCCUUACAUCAAAUCCAAGCCCAGACCCUCCAGCAGUGUUACUGCUUCUGUUACUGCAUCAACUGGUGGUGCUGGGGCUUCCAGUGUCAGGAAGAGGUAUAAUUGGAUCCCAACAGGCGAUCAGAAAGAAUCAAAGGGUUCUGGUGCUUCUGCUUCUUCUGGUGCUUCCAAAGCCUCCACUACGGCCGGUAAAGACGGCCCAACCAUAUUCAUAUUUGUGAUAGGAGGGAUAAGCUAUUCAGAGAUGAGGACCAUGUACACAGUUGCAGAAAAAUCUAAAGAUUACAACUUUAUUAUUGGUUCCACUCACUUUUUGACUCCCAAUAAAUUUCUUGGCGAUUUGAAGAGGCUCCCGCCAUUUGUUCGUCUCUAAGAGGAAAAGAGGAGAAAGGAGAAAAACAUUGGAGGAAGGGGGAAAUUUUGCUAUUAAAAACUAUUAUUAAAUGUAUAUUGCAUCGUUAAAUUAGGCUAUUAUUAUUAUUAUUGUUAUUAUUAUUAUCAACUGCAUUUCAUUUUAACGUCUUGUUUCGUUCAUUCUUGCUUUACUGUGUGUUUAAUGUCUGUGAACUCUUCAUUAGUUGGUAAAGAUUAGCUGCUCAAAAGUUUUAAUACUUUUUUGUUUUGUCUUUUUUCCAAAAAAUAAUUAUACACAUA